AUGGCAUUAUCAUUCCAAAAGUGCAAGUCGGAAAGCGGGCAGGUCUGUGGAGGGCUCAGCCAAGUCCUGCAGAGAUCGAACCCCCGAAGGCAGCACACCCCGACUAACGACUAUAACUUGCGCAGAGAGAGAGACUUUUUGUCUGGGGAGGUACAAGCUCUCGAAGCGGCGCGAGAAGCCACCUCCAGUGCUUGGAUCAAGCAGAUCUCGAUGCUGGAGGAGGCGCUGGGCAACUAUGCUGAUGAUACCGUGAGUGAGUCCACGGCUGGCGAUGAGAGCAGGGCCGGUGCUAUCGUUGUCGAAAAUCAGUCGGGUGAGGACAAUCGGUUUCCCCAGCUUGCUAUCGAGCAAACGUCAAGUGCUACCUCCUCAGGAUCAGCACCCCAGGAUGGCAAUACAUCGCCUGAAGGUACAUCCCAAGGCCUGGCACAUUUAUGCCGACAACUCGAUGCCUAUCUGGAAGGCGCUUCGGCCAAGUGCAAGUUGGAGCAAAACGUUGUGCUGCGCGAUCAACUUCAAGAUGAGACUCAAGUGCUACAGUGUAGUCUUGAGCGUAUUCAAGAAUUGUUCUCUAUACUGUACAAAGCUUCUAGCAAGCCCGAGGCUGCUGCGCAACCUCAUGUGGACGCCCUAAGAGCUACUGCACUACGAUAA